UACUGAAUGAAGUCUCUCAAUUGUUUGGAAGCAAUGGGAUAUAUGAGCACUUAUAUCCCUCUGCCUCCAAACGUCACCGUUCAUAAUAAUUUAGACAGUUAAACUGUGUGUUUACUCCCGUAUAAAUGCGUAUUAUUGAUGAUUUUCAGUGUAUUAAUUAGUCAAUAUUAGUGAUUAGUUUAAUGGACGUAAAUAGCCAAAUGAAUAUGGAACAUUUUGAUGAAGAUGAAUCUCUUGACGAUAGUGAUCUAGAUCGUGAUUAUGUCCCAGAAGAUGUACGGACUUCUACAUCUGAAGCUGAAGCAGACGUCGGCAACCAGCAGAUGAACAGAAGCAGAAAAAGGAUCAGAAAUGAAUCUUCUUGGGCACGGAACAAAGCAAAGAAGUGCAGGAAUAGUGGCGGCGAAUAUAUUGAUCAUAGGAAAGUGUUUAAGGAGUCUAAAAGCGUUCAACAGCUAGCAGGCCAUCGAUGUCGAUAUGAAUGUAGUAGUUUUUCGGAUGAAGAUCGUCAACAAAUCUUUCAAGACUAUUGGAAUUUGGGUUCAUGGAAUCUACAAACGGCAUUUUUAAAUUCCUCUAUGCAAACACUACUACCUGCCAAAAGAAGGGCAGAAGUUGAGCCGCGUAAACAGGUUAGCGUCAAAAUAAAACUACAGGGUAAAAGAGUUUGCAAACUAUUUGUGUUAAAAACUUUGAACAUAAGCCAAAAAAGGUAUGACAAUGUUUUAAAGAACAGAAAACCUUCAGGUGUAGCUCCAACUGACCAACGUGGUAGACACAUCCCAGCAAAUAAGAUUUCAGAACAUGAUAUUGGAGUAAUAAAGGCCCAUAUUCGGUCAUUCCCGAAAUAUUCAAGCCAUUAUUCACGAAACAAAAAUCCACAGACAAAAUAUCUCUCAGGCGAACUGAAUAUUCACAAAAUAUCCCAAGAUGUUCAUUUACGUAAAGCAGAGAAAGCUAGAUCAGAAAAAGAUGAUGCCAAGAAACUUGCCAAGGAUAACGCAACUACUGUAAAAGGAAUGUGUUUCGAUCUUGAAAAACCUUUCCCCACACCUGUACUAACCUGCAGUAAAGUUUACUAUCUCAGGCAACUGUGGGUGUACAAUUUUGCAGUGCAUGAUCUUGCUAAUAAUCAAGCCUCAAUGUUUAUGUGGCACGAAGGUGAGGCAUCGAGGGGAUCCCAAGAAAUCGGGUCGUGCCUAAUUAGGUAUGUUCAACAACUACCUAAUUCAAUAGAACAUCUUAUAGCAUUUAGCGAUAACGCAGGCGGCCAAAACAAAAAUAACAACAUUAUUAAAUUUUGGAGGCAGAUUGUUCAGACCACAUCUAUUCAGAGAAUAGACCAUAAAUUUUUGAUUUCUGGGCACUCUUACAUGGAAUGCGAUCAAGACUUCGGGAUUAUUGAAAAGUCCAAAAAAAAACCAAUAUAUUUUUGUUCCGGAUGA